AUGAAAGGAGACAAUUUUUACAGAAGAGACUCUUCAAAAGAAGAGGAACAAAAUAAGGGAAAAGAUAAGGAGAAGGAAGAAGACAUGUUAACUGAGUUACCUGAGGAAAUUAUUCUACACAUCCUUUCUUUUGUGGAUGCAAAAACCGCAGUUCAAACAUCUGUUCUGAACAAACGUUGUAGGCAUAUCUGGUCUUUCCUGCCCGUUAUUACCUUCGUUGACUCAUUUGAUGAUCCUGCAUUUUUUGAGGACUUUGUAAGAAACUUUUUGUCUUACAGAGAUACUUCCACCAAUGUUUUCAAUCUUAAUGUUAUGUAUCACUAUAACCUUUAUAAUGAUGAUGUGGUAGAUUUCAUCAUUGAGCAUGUUGUUGAUACACCAUCCAUCACCAAUACCAUUCAGGAGCAAAAUGGAAGAACUAAUAUCGUUGAAGAGGUCUUUUUGCCUGAAGUUAAUCGGAAUUAG